AUGUCACGUGGAUUGUGUCAUUGUUGCAAGCAAAAUCUAUGUUUACAACAUUUUAAUGAAUACAAUCCAUUAGCCAUUUCUCAACUGAAUCAAUUUACUGAUGAAACUAAUGUACUUGGAGAUCGUCUCAAAACGUUAAAUAUUCUAAAAAUAAUUGGUCAUAGUCGUCGAAAACUCGAACAAUGGCGUGAAGAUUGUUAUACUAAGAUUGACUUAUUUUUUGAACAAAAAUGUCAAGAACUUGAUCAGCUUGUUAAUGAAAAGGUUGAUCAACAACGAGAAGAACUCAAUCGAAUGCAAUUGAAAUUAACUGAAUUCACCAAUACACAGAAAAUAACUCAUCAAGAUAUCGAUUUAUUGAUAUCAAAGAUUAGUCAGCUUAGAAGUAAUAUUAUAAAUUUGGAAGAGACAUGUUUUAAGAUCACAACUCAUCCGUUAAUACUAGAUGAUACGUUCGUCUCGAUUCAAAAAACAAAUGAACAUGAUAUUAAUCUAUCAACUCUUUCGCAUACAUACAAAACUAUUCAUCGUCCUGAAGGAAGUUUUCAAUCGCUAGCUUGCGAUGGUCAACAUUUAUUGAUACAUCAACAUCCAAAUUUAUGUUUAUUUGAUCGAGAAGCGAAUGUCACUAAACAAACAUUAUGGUCAUAUGGUGAAAUUCGUGACAUGUGUUGGUCAUCAACACUCGGUCAAUUCAUUGUACUUGGAGCAAAUAGUAUCUUUCUUAUUAGCGAGAAUACAAUGUCGAUACAAGAGGUGCAUACUAUCCGAGAACGAGAAUGGAUAUCAUGUACAUGUUCUGACACAGUUCUUUUUGUUUCCACAAAUGAAUAUGCCUCAUCGAUUAUGGAAUAUACACUAUUCCCAACGAUUGAAUUCAUUAGAGAACGGAAACAUCCUCUGAUCUUAUGUAAUAAAGAUGAAUAUAUGGUUGGUAUUGUUUACAAUAAUGGAAAUAUUGCUCUGAUGAUUAUGAAUAUAUCCAAGAAAUCAGUGCACAUUGAAUUGAGAAAUGCUAAGACGCUUGAACGCAUCUGGUCAUUUCAACCUGAUACUGUUUGCACUCAAAAAAUAGCAUUUCGCUCUUGUUCACUCACUUGUGAUGAAUGGCUCUUUGUCGACUAUGAAACAGAACGUCUUCUUCAGAUAACAAAAGAUGGAAAAGUAAAGGAAAUAAUCAAGUACUAUCCAUGUCCAUACCGUGCUGUUCUGUUCGACCAAGAUAAACUAGCACUAUCGACUUUGAAUGGUGUACACCUUCAUACAAUUCAUUGA